AUGGAUAACCUUUUAAAUGCACUGCAAAACGUAAGUCUUUGAUAGGAAAAUCGAUAAAAUCAGCAUUUUCGCAGAUAAAAUGUGGUUGGUCGGGUUGCGCGCUGACUUUCGGCUCGGAAAUCGACAUGAAUAUGCACGUGAUGAUGAAUCACAUGAUAUUGUUAGAACACGGAGAGUUUGUGCUCAAUCGGCGAGCUCACAACCGCAAAAGAGCCGCCAGAGAGGUAAAUUUAUAUGAGAAAUUCGUAAAAAUCGAAAAUAUUGCAGAUUUCCCAAGUUGUCGUGCAAACUGAGCCGAAUUCUCCGAUUUCUGUGCAAAAUCUCGACGCUUCGGCCAGUCAAAAGCCCGUUCGGCAGAAAACGCUUAAAAUUGCAAGUUUUCAUUCAUUUUUUAAAGAAAAAUAACAAUUUUCCAAUUUUCAGACGACGAAUCCAGUUCCGAUGCCUCAGGAGGAUGUGAAACCGACAAUUGCCCACCCGAACCUACUUCUGGUCCCAAAAUCCGAAUUUCCGCGCGUUGCUCCACAAAUUCCUGCGAGUUCGCAUCGGAAUGUCAGUCCUCCGGCCGAAACAGGCUCCAGCUGGCAUUCUUCGGCCGAAUCGGAACCGAUUCCGCCGAUUCGAGUGACUCCGAUGAGUCAGGGACAAUUUCCGGUCGUGGCACAAUUGCUGCGGAGGGUUCAGAAAAAUCAGCGAGAAGAAUGGCAGAAUUUGAUGGAAAAUGAGAACAAUAAAAUGGGCGUGGAACCGGAAGACGUGCACACGGGCAGUGAUGACGUGGAAGCGGGCGACAACGUCAUUUAUGUGAGCAUUAUGUAGAAUUUGCUCCGCUCUCAACCGCCGUGUUUUUCAGCGCCCAAAACGGCUGAGCGAGGUGGUCGACGACUUUUUGGAGCGUCUGAAGCCGAUGAAACAGCUGGGAUUCAUCCGUCAGCACCGGACCGUCUACUGCAUUGUCUGCCUCAAAUACACGAGAUCGUUCCACGAGUGCAACUGGAAACACACGCCCGAAGAGGAACGCGUCGUCGAAAUGUGGUACAGGUGAGCGAGAAAAGACGGAACCUCCAAUUUCCCACUUUUUCCAGACGGUACGGACCGGACAAACCGACCGGAAAAACUCAACUGAUGCGCGAAUUUGCCGAGAUCAAAGAAUGGCUGUUAAAGGAAGAAGCGGCCGGGAAAAAUCUGGACACACUUUAUUGA